UCCAAUCUGUCCGGAAUGCCUACUUGUGUGACUUCCGGUGGUCCCGCGAAUCUGUGGUUCGCGGUCGGUUCCGAUUUGGGCUCUGUUUUCCUAUUUGAUCGAACGCAACUGAUGGAAAAUGAACCGGCUGAUCCAUGUGAUUCUAUGAAGGAUGUAAGCGUCGGACUGUCCACUGGCGUUUGUGCUCUUGCUCUGAGCAAUGUUCGUGUUGACCCCACUGGAACAGUUCCAUCGACACGCGAUGAACCCUGUGAUUCAUCAUCAGCGGAACUCACUUAUAACAGUGCACUAUUGGCCACAAUAUGCGAACAGCCCAGUUGGAAUGCGGUUCAUUUGUGGUCAGUGGUGUCUUGUUCCCACCCCGUACCAGACAGUCCCGCAUCCAAAAACGACGAUUGCAUCAAUGAUCCGGCCGAACUGGUGCAUGAAGAAGUACCUAGUACACCACGACGCCGUCGACAUAAGCGAGGGAAAUUACAGAAGCACAAACCGGUCUCCAGUCCGGUCAAGAAGACCGACACACACUUCUUCCCUCCAGAGCCAGUUUGUCAUGACGAAGAUAAUGAACGAAUCGUUGGUAUCACGCAACCAUACGCCAUCGCGUCCGUCUCGCACUUCUCUAUGGGAAGCAAGGCCUCUUCAUCUCUUAGAGCUGUGAAACAAGUAAGCGAUAUGACUUUACCUCAAGGUGACUUGCCCGCUUGUCUGGCAGUGCACCCCAGUCGGUCACGCGCUCUGAUCGGUGUGGGUACCAUGAACGGCGGUGUGGAAGUUUAUUUUCUAUCCCCGAUUACACAUACUCUGUCUCGUGUGUACUCGUUGAACAAUGCGCAUCCGAUAUUUGUCACCGCACUCACAUUCCUUCCCGUGCGCCCGUCAGCAACUGAACCACCUAUCACAAAAGCAUCCACGGAAACUAUGUCCGCAAAACCAUGUCAACUUCCUGCCGUGCAGUCGGAACCUUCUUACGAAUUAGUCAGCGUUAGCGUGGACCGUCAGCUACGUUGGCAUCCCGGACCCAGUUCCAUCCAAAUCAGUCGCCUUGCUCAUGGCCUUGCUGCGGACCCAGUUGGCGUAUGGACCCAAGGAAAACGCUUUCUUCGAAUGCUAAUGCUUUACUUCGGUUUGGUGUUCCUUUUUCCCAUCAGCUUAGCUUUGUUCGAUCGUGUUUUUUACGGACUAUUUUGA